CCAUUAUAUAUAUCCCCUGAAGAGCGUUAAACAGUCGACCAAGUAGUCUUAAGUAUAUUUUUUAGAGAACCUUGCUGUUGGGACAAUUUGUUCAUCUCAAGACCCUCUUUCCAGGCCAAAUAUGGGAGACAGGUUGCGCUUGGCAGUCGGGAUCAUGGGCAAUGCUGCUUCCUUGUUACUCUAUGCAGCUCCCAUAUUAACUUUUUCAAGAGUCAUAAGGAAGAAAAGCACAGAGGAGUUUUCUUGUGCUCCUUAUAUCAUUGCGCUAUUGAACUGUCUCCUUUAUACUUGGUAUGGAUUGCCAGUUGUAAGCUACAGGUGGGAAAACUUUCCUGUUGUUUCCAUCAAUGGACUAGGGAUUCUUCUCGAGUUCUCCUUUGUAGUCAUAUACUUUUGGUUCGCUUCAGCUACAGGAAAGAUGAAGGUAGCUGUGACAGUGACACCUGUUAUAUUAGUCUCCUGCACCACCUUCAUCGUCUCAUCUUUUGCUUUCCACGAUCACCGUCACCGAAAGCUGUUUGUUGGGAGUGUGGGUCUAGUGGCCUCUGUAGCAAUGUAUGGUUCUCCACUGGUGGUUGUGAAGCAAGUCAUACAUACAAAGAGCGUGGAAUUCAUGCCGUUCUACCUAUCUUUUUUCUCUUUCCUUGCUAGUUCACUUUGGAUGGCUUAUGGACUACUGGGCCAUGAUCUAUUUCUUGCGGCCCCGAAUCUGGUUGGUUGUCCUUUAAGUAUUCUUCAGCUCAUGCUCUACUGCAAGUACAGGAAACGAGGAAUUAUGGAAGAACCAAACAAAUGGGAUUUGGAAAAGAAUGAUGAGAAAUCCAAACAUUUGCAGCUUGCAACUAAUGAAAGUACGUACUAAUGUAAAAUAAAUCAAUUUGGAUCAUAUUAGGUCCCAUUCUACUGUUGUGUCACAAACGAUGGGUGUCCAAAAAUCUUAAAUCCAAAACCAUUGAUGCAUCAAUGCAUGUAUCUAUAGUUCAUGCUUAUGUACCAAAAGUGCAUUUGCAUAUGUAUUUUGUCUUUUAAGCAAUGGUUUGUGCUAUUCCAACAGGUUUGUUUGUGACAGUAAAGGCAGCUAAAGCUGUAAAAAGCAAUCUUUGUUGUAA